AUGCUGCUGCGCAAGGCCUCGAGUGCAUUGGUGCGUACCAAGGCGACAGCUGAGACCACUCAAAUCAAAAAGAAGAUUAAGUCGCAGGAAGAAGCCCGCACCCACGCCCAAGUGUGGAUAUCCGUGUGUGAGGCCAGGGAGCUGCCCCGCAUGGACGUCGGAGGCAAGUCCGAUGGCUACGUGAUCGUGCAGGCGGGACACCAUCACUAUAGGACGCGCACCAUCUGGAAGAAUCUCAACCCCUUCUGGGGCGAUGACCUCAAAUUCGAUGUGACGGACGGUGACAUGAAGGAGAUCCUCUUCACCAUCUGGGAUCAGGACAAUCACCUGCAGGACGACAUCAUCGGCUGCGUGCGCAUUCCGCUCGAGGACAUCAAAGACCAACUGCUCCACGAGAAGUUCCACCCCAUCCAGCCCAUGUCGGAGAAGGAGUUCGUGGCGGGCGACGUCAAGCUGCGCCUCACCUACUCGCCGCCCAAGGGCGACACCGACGGCACUCUCACCGUCUUGGUCAAGAAAGCCCGCAAUCUUGCGGUCAAGGACGCCAACGGGCUCAGCGACCCGUAUGUGAAGUUGCGGUUGGGCGGCCAGAAGAAGAAGACCAAGGUCGUCAAGAAGAACCUCAGCCCCGUGUGGGACGAAGAGUUCACCUUCAAGGUGCCGGCCAAGGGCGGCGACACCAACCUGCAAGUGGCCGUCUGGGACUGGGACAUGAUCAGCAGCUCCGAUUUCAUGGGCGAGCUCAGCAUCCCGCUGCACGACCUCCCCGCCGACCAGCCCCUUUCCAAGUGGUUCCUCCUCGCUGCCUCUGCCGAGGAGUCCAAGGAGGACGGAGACGAGGAGAGCAAGAAGAAGAGCAAGAAGAAGCUGGGCGACCUGCGCGUCAAGAUCAAAUACACCGAGCAAAAGCUGUUGCCGCUCUCGGUCUACUCCGACCUCUUGCAGAUGCUGAUGGAAGAGGAAGAGCUGCUGAGCUGGCUCUACGACUACACCAAGGAGGCGGGCAUCCUCUCCUCCACGCUGGUCUCCGUCUUCUACUCGCAGGGCAAGGCCACGCAGCUCCUGCACUACCUCACCAAGAAGGAAAUCCUCAGCACCAAGAGCGCGGGCGUGAUCUUCCGUGGCAACACGCUGGCGACCAAGUGUGUGGACGCCUUCAUGAAGCUCAUUGGGUCGUCCUACCUCCACCGGGUGCUCAAGGAGCACAUUGCGGCCAUCAGCGAAGACAAGAAGUCGUGCGAGGUCGACCCGUCCAAGGUGGAGAAGGGCGAGAACGUGGGCCACAACAUGGCCCACCUGCGCGAGACCGCCGAGAAGAUCACCGAAGACAUCUUUGCCUCGGCCGACCUCGUCCCCGCACAAUUCCGGGAGGUGUUCCACGGCAUCCAGACGACCAUUCUCGAGCAGUGGCCCGAAGACGAAACGUCGCGCUACACCGCCGUCUCCGGCUUCCUCUUCCUUCGCUUUUUCAAUCCGGCCAUCCUCGGACCCAAGCUCUUCGGCCUCCUUGACACCUUCCCUUCGUUCGUGGCGAGCCGCACGUUCACGCUCCUCUCCAAGAUCCUCCAGAACCUGGCCAACCUGAUUGAGUUUGGCCAGAAGGAGCCCUUCCUGGCCGACAUGAACCAGUACAUUCUCGCCAAGAAGGGCGACAUGAAGCGUUUCCUCGACACCGUCUCGUCGCCGACCUUUGGCAGGCUGGUCGCGGUCCUGGACGCCAUUGGCCGCUCGCAGUUCUCGCCCCGUCCAUCUGCCGGCGCGUCGUCGAGCGGCAGCGGCGGCUUCCGACCCGCCACAGCCUCGGGCACCGGGCCUCGCUCCCGGCGGGGCUAG